AUGGACAAGGCAAAAACGCUGGAGGUUCUUCGAGGCAUGAAGUUCAUGCAGCGCAAGGAGGAGGCGAAGCGGCGCGCCGCCUUUGAGGUUGCCCAGCGGGAAGAAAUUGAGCGGCAGCUGCUAAACCCCGGUACGGACAGCAGCGGCGUGAGCAGGGGUACCAGUGACGGCGGCCCCUCUGCGCUUAGACACAGUCGCGGUGACGGACCAGCCAGGGCGACCGUCUUGUACGAUGAUUCCUUCCCCGCACACGCAUACGGGUUGUCACGACGCAGUUUUACCGAGACGCUCGCCGGCGGUGGUGCGGCUCUGAUCACCGAGGGCCUCGGCGACACAGGCGCGAAUCUGGUAGAGGGCGCCGUAGAAUCGGAGAUUUUGCUCAGGAACGUCGGCGCGGCUCCAACGUUAGCGGACGCCGCUCUGGACCACAGCGACGUCUCAAGUGACGAAACGGAAGACCUGUGGGGCGGUGAGGACGCCAAAGGUGAAGUGAGUGACCCCACAGCGAUCCCUGACAGACGACUUCAAGGUGGUGAGAAGACUCGCACCCGCCGAGGCGACGGCGACCCGCACGCGCGCAGUGAUGGCAGGUUCGUUGUGAAGUCGUCGGUGCGCGCCCCAAAGCUGCCGAGGCGUCUUCAGGAAAGCGUUGAGGAGCACAAGCGACAGCGGAAGCGGAAGCGCACGGAGGCGGAAGACGAUGUGUACAUGUAA